AUGGAGAACAAUGCGAGUGAAUCCCCUUCCGCCGCCUCUCCCAAUGGCCUCAAGAUCUUCCCCGGGCCAAAGCGGAGUCGGACCGCCCUGAACGAAGCAGACCAUUCGUAUCCUUCGGAUCAAUCCUCAAGGACCCCGUCCCUCGACAUCCGGCCCGCCACGAGUCAUGGCAGCAAUGCGGCGCCGACCGGCCUGGCAAAACUCAUACCUGGCGCGAAAAGAAGGCAUCGGAAGAAGGCAAAGGCUCUCAACAGUGACGGCCUGGCCAAUUCAAGCGAGAAUUUAGGGGAAUCGAGGGUUUCGCUGCCAACACUGGAGGUGAAUGAGCAACGCCGCAGAUCGAUGACCGACCCCGGAAGCAACCAUGGGACCGAUGAUUCAGAAUCUGAAAGUAACCACGAUAACGAAUGGGGAAGAUCUCCGCUUAUCACGAUAUCAAACCCAUCCAUCGAUGAAAGAAGCCAAAGCGCGCACGACUCAGCUUUAGACAAGUUGAAUAUACUACGUUCGUCCACGAUCGGAGCUCCCGCGCAUGACCCGUCGGCAAAGGAAAGCAUGGGCUCAGCGGCAGGCCGGAAGCUGAGAGACGCGUUUAAUCCGCGGUCUUCGAACAGAAGCUCCAACUCUAGCCCAGAUAGGGAAUCGACUAAAUCGUCCGGAAGCAAGGGCGGGAAAGGGUUCCUAGAUUCUGCGGUCAGGAAGACAAGUUUCUCGUCCAAGAAAAGCAAAAAGGGCCUGGAGGAUAUCCCGCUAAUUCUACCCCCUCCCAAAUUCCCAGAUGGCGAUACGCCGAAACCCCAUCGUCAGCUUCCGCCGAUUGAUACCACGCCGAAAACGCCACCGUCUAUUGCAAGGCCUCCUCCUGUAACCACAACUGUUACUCCUCCCACUCCAACACACCCCAAGCCACGCGAUUUUGAUACUAGAAUGGUAGAUUCCCCCGAGUCAAUGACGAGCUCUUCAAAGCUCCCCGAAAAUGCUGUUCUCAGUCCUUCCGGUAAUAUGAUAUCUCACCGCCGUGUACGGUCGGCAUCGGCUGCUCAUAACCCGAGUAAACUCUCGAAUUCAAUAACCGUACCCCCGACGCCCAUAGACGAAAACAAGGUUUCUGCGUCUCGACAUGCUCCAAGCAACCUGGUUGGGGGUGGGUUUUUUUCUACAAUGUUUUCAGCUGCGCAAAAUGCCGCAUCAACUCUUUCCAUUGGCCUGAAUCAAGGACGGACUCGGAAUGGCACGGAUUCUGUCGAUACGGAGCAGCAUAUGAAGCCGAGCCCAGCAGAAAAUGAAUCUGAGUCGUCGUCAAGUCAAGAUAACACGCUGGAACAGAAGAAAGAACUAGCGAUCGAUACUAUGGGAACGGGAGAUUUGGACUUUAGCCACCUUGGCAUAGAUGCAUCAGCGGGCGGAGUGGUAACCACACCAGACGGUGUUGUAUUCACAAAGUCUGAUUACGUUGGACCCUCGCGGAGAAGUACAGUCUCUCAACGGGAUGAACUAGCCUCGAGAAUCGAAGACCUAAGGGCAGCACGCGCGGUAUCUAUGGCGUACGAACGCCCCCCUCAAAGUGCGGGUUUACCGGGUUCCACAAAUGAAAACCAACCGCCAGAUGGGCGACCCAGUGCUCCUUUUUCUGGUUUCGGUAGGAGUAGUGGCGGUGAGCGGACGCCCCCUACAGCAAGUAUCGCUGAGGGAGACAUUGCUCAACACGUCAAGCGCAGUGGGAGCUUACAUAGCCGCCGUGGUAUCCGCAGGAAGCGGGGCUCAUCCACAGCCACUGCUACCACCAUUGGAGCUAUUGGAGCGGCUCUGGGUGUUCCAGGCAUUAAUUUGAGUGUUCCUCGGCUGACUGGUUUUGCUGUGGCUAGCAAGAAGAGAAACCGAGACUUCCAUCAGCUAUUUAGGAGUGUCCCGGAAGAUGACUAUCUCAUUGAGGACUAUAGCUGUGCGCUUCAAAGAGAGAUCAUUUUGGCCGGUCGCAUCUACAUAUCAGAGGGCCAUAUUUGCUUUUCUAGCAACAUCCUCGGGUGGGUUACUACCUUGGUGAUUGGGUUUGAUGAAAUAGUGGCCAUUGAAAAGGAGUCUACGGCGAUGGUGUUCCCGAAUGCUAUUGCUAUCCAAACGCUCCAUGCACGUCACACUUUCCGCAGCUUGCUCAGCAGGGACUCGACGUAUGAUCUCAUGGUGAAUAUUUGGAAAAUAAACCAUCCAACUCUCAAAAGUUCGGUCAAUGGCGCACAAAUUGAACAGGGAACCGGGGAUAAAACCGAAAAAGCAGAGCUCAGCGAUGAUGAAGAUGUAUCGAUGUCUGACGACGAAGAAGAGGUUUAUGAUGAAGACGAAGAAGGCGGCGCGGGUAGCAAUGCGGAAGCGGCCGACAGCACCGUUGCUAGCGACCUUUCUGAAUCGGGGAAACGAUUUAUUCGGAAAUCGUCGACAAUGCCAGUAUCUGCGACUGCCUCUUCUCAAGCAAUUUCUGUUGGCGCAGCGGACGAAUCUAAAGGCCUUGAUAAAUCAAAGGGUCUGCCAGAUGGCACGGCGCAAUUUCCUGGUCCGAGAAGCCAUGCCCCUACUGAAUUUACUGAUCCCUCGGGCCGUUAUGACAAAGUUGUCAAAGACGAAGUUAUUCCUGCUCCGUUGGGGCAGGUUUAUUCUCUUAUCUUUGGAGCAGCAUCCAGCUCCUUUGUUUCCAAAUUCCUUGUUGAAUACGAGAAAGUAACAGACCUACAAUUCGAGGAGGACAAAACGGGCCUUACCGAGGAGAAUAAGACCCGAUCAUAUACAUAUAUCAAGCCGUUGAACUCUACUAUUGGCCCAAAGCAAACGAAAUGCAUCACCGUGGAGCAAUUGGAUGUUUUGGAUUUAGAGAAAGCGGUGCUAGUGACUCUAACAACACAGACCCCAGACGUUCCGAGCGGCAAUGUGUUCUCUGUCAAGACGAAAUAUCUUCUCACCUGGGCCCCGGGGAAUUCCACCCGGUUCUUUAUGUCCUGUAAUGUGGAAUGGACGGGGAAGAGCUGGAUUAAAGGUCCCAUAGAGAAAGGUGCCAACGACGGACAACUCGGCUACGGAUCCAAUCUAAUUAAAGCUGUGAAAGCUGGAAUUGCCCCCAAAACGCGCAAGGUGACUUCCAAAGGUGCCGUCAAAGGCAAGAUCAGACGCGCAAAAACAGUCAUCUCGGAAACUGGUUCCAACGAUGGCGAGUCUUCAAAGUCUGUACGUGACAAAGCUGCCAGCUGGGGCUUAUUAGAACCGUUGCGAGGCCCUCUUUCUCCAAUUACGGACAUCUUCUCGCCAUUCUGGAGUCCGAAUGUCGCUAUAGUCGUACUUUGCAGUUUGCUAUUUAUGACUUGGUUCCGUUCUUGGGAAGACAUCGGGAGGGGGACGGUGGCCCCUCGAACAAGGUCCCGUGGGAUCCCUUUACAUCAUCUCUCCAUCCCUGAAAGGCUUCUCGCUUACGAUGAGUUGUGGGCAAAGGAAGAGAGCGAAUUAUGGGAUUGGUUAGAAGACCGUGUUGGAAUGGAAAAUCUCGUCAUACCCGUGGCAGACACCGACAGAAGCUACUCGAAACAAGCUCAUCGUGAUGCCGAAAACAGGCUGCGAGAUGAACGAAUGUCGGAGCGGGAAAUUGCAGAUGCCAUUCGCGUGACGCAACAACGGUUGGAGACACUACAACAAGUUGUCGAGAGGCGGAAGUCCAAUCGCCGCCAAACUAAGAAAUAG